ACUUGCGUUAUUGGCUCCUCCCAGAGGCUGCUUCAUACCUGGGAACAGGUGUAAGGGAACAAGGAAACCUAAUAGGGACAACCCAUCUCCUGCUCAUUUCUGGACUUGGUCUUCAGGAUGUCACAAGCAGAAGCGGUCCAUGGUGACAGAGCCCAGAACCUGUGGGUGAUUUCAGGUUCCCAUUCAUGGGGAACUAGUGGGGAUGAAGAAUUGGAUGGUAAGGGGUUGAAGUCACCCUUUGCUGUAGAGUGGCAGCCAGAAGAACAGCUGUCUAGCUUAAAUCUUAACUCCCAUGAAGAAGAAGAGGAGACCAUUGACCUUGGAGAGACCACCACAAAGUCUGCAAGUCUGGACACAUCUGCUGAAGUGAGGGACAGCUGCAGGGAGCAUGGGGAGAAGCUUAGCUUAUUUUGCUGUCAUGACCAGAAGCUGAUUUGUCACCACUGCACGACCCUAGGCAGCUGCCAGUCUCACAGGACCAAGUCAGUGGAGGAGAGGGCAUCCCAAAUCAGAAAUAAAAUUGUGGAUCAUUGUGAGAAAUUACAGCUGCAGACGGCUGGAAUCGAGAAGUACCUUGCAGAUGCCCUGCCGGACAAGAUCCCACGCGUGGCGAGCACAGCCAGAGCCACGAGAGAGCUGGUCAUCCAAAGGCUGAAUUUUAUUAGACAAGUCUGUGAUGAGGAGGAGCAGCGGCUACUGGAAGAGGUGCAUGCCGAGGAGGAGCGUGCACAGCAGGGCAUACUUACCCAACGAGCCCACUGGACAGAUUCUGCACACAAACUCUCUGGUAUUAGGACCUAUCUAGUGGAUAUGUUGACCAACUUGGAUGACCUCAGUCUCAUCAAUUCUGGGAAUGAAAUGGAUGAGAGGACUGAGAAAGCAGAAGGAAUUCUGAAGCCUCAGGAGUCAGACAAGUUAAACUUUAACAUAAAUUGCGCACAUAGUCCAUUACUGAACCGAUUGUGGGCUUCAUCUGUGCUGUGCUGCACAACAGCUUGUGAAAACCUCUCAUUUGAUGAAAAGACCCUCAGCCCAUUGCUGGUUUUAUCAGAAGACAACAUACUGACAUUUCUCCAGAAAAAGUGCAAGAUCUAUACAGAUGAACCGGAGAGGUUUAACCACUGGCCCAACUGUUUGGCCACACAGUCAUUUCAAUCUGGUAUUCAUGCCUGGAAGAUCGAUGUGGAGAAAAGUAGUGCCUAUAAACUGGGAGUGGCUUAUAAAUCACUGGCUCGUAAGGGUUCAGGCAAUGAUGCCAGGCUCGGAUACAACCCAGAAUCUUGGGUCUUCUCUCGAUAUGAUAAAGACUUUCGUUUCUCCCAUGAUUCUCAGCAUUACCCAGUGGAACUAUUAAGAUCCCCCAAAAACAUUGGCGUUUUGGUGGAUUUUGAUGGCGGAGAGUUAAUAUUUUACGACCCUGACUCUUGCGUUAUUUUGUACACUCACCAUACCAGGUUCACAACCUCAAUCUUUCCCGUAUUCGCUGUAGCCGAUGAAAGCAUCAGUCUUUUAAAAUGAACCAGCCUGAAGGAUAAUGAAGAUAUAUUUAUAAUGACUAUUUUUGUAUAUAUAUGAAAAGUUUUAGUUUGCUCGCAAAAAGUCCUAGUCUGGAUGUGUCUCUAUGUUUUAAAGCCUUUGUAAGGCAACAUAGGUCAAAACAAAAAAGGAAUAAUGUUUAAUGUCCCCAAUUUGAUCAAUACAAAAAGGCUGUGAUUGCAAAUGUUAUGUAUAAUUAGGGUGGCCAUAUUGCCGCUUUAAAACAGGACACAUAUGAAAAAUACAU